UGAGUCUGUUUCUGUGUUUACGGGAAGUUAAAGAGUCACAUUUACACCAGUAGAACAAGAAAAGAAGCAAAAAUGAGCGCUGUGUUUGCUCUUUCGUGUUUUGGUUUUAUCUCCUUGUUCCAGGAGUACGGAGCCGCUACAGAUGAACAGCGCGUCACCAACUGAAAGUGAAACCAAAAGUAAAGGUGAAGCAGUUAGCCGUUAGCAGUUAGCAGGUAGCAGGUAGCUGACCGUGGACUGAGGGGGAAACACAAGGAUCAGAUUCAUCUUUGCAGUCCGACCGUCCACCAAAGGAAAAUGAACGAAGCGGUGUCAUGUGGAUGUUUUAUCCUUCUCUUCGACGCGGUGCUGAGUUCGGCUCUGUGGGCCGGUCUGGUGCUGCUGAACUGCUCCAGCUGUUGUGGGGGGCUGGCAGGUGUUUGGGCCUUUGGGGCAGUAAAGUGGGUCGUCCUCCACGUCUUCACCUCCGUCCUGACCGACGGGAAGCCCCCCGCGGUGCUCCGCCAGCUGGUGCCGCUGCUCUGUCUUCUCUCUCCUGUGAUGGAGAGUGGACGGGUCCUCAGAGCUCCGCCCUCAGAGCCGUACCCAGGACCGUCUGCUGACCUCAGCACGCUGCUCCUCGGCCCCAUGGCCUCGCUGCUGGCCUGCGCCGUUUGGGAAAAAGGCUUGUUUGGUAAUUCAAAGGCGAGAAAGGAAAACACUAAACUGGAUGCAAAGCGGCUGCUAUUGAGGGUGCUGAAGUACUUUAAACCAGACACCUUCUAUCUGAUCGCAGCGUUCGGUUUUCUCAUCUUAGGAGUCUUCUGUGACACAUACAUCCCGUUGUAUCAGGGGAAGGUGAUCGACAUGAUGAGAGGUCCUCUACUUCAGACCAGCUUCUUUUCUGCCAUCGGACAGCUGGCUCUUUUCUCUCUCGGGAGCGCCCUGUUCUCUGGCAUGAGAGGAGGCAUCUUUAUGUGCACGCUGGCCAGACUGAACAAGAGGCUGAAGCACCUGCUGUUCCACAGCCUCCUGCAGCAGGAGGUGACCUUCUUCGACGAGAACAACCCGGGUCGGCUCUCGUCCCGCCUGCACUCUGACGUGGACCGGAUGGGUCGCACCGUGGCUCUGAACGCCAACGCGCUGGUCCGCAGCACGGUGAAGACCUGCCUGAUGCUCAGAGUGAUGCUGGGUCUGUCCUGGGAGCUCACCCUGCUCACCUGCAUCGAGAUGCCGCUGCUCGCCAUCGUGCAGAACAAAUACAUCAGCUGGUCCAAGGAGCUGAAGGAUCAGAUCCAGGACUGCCACGCUCAGAACAAAGACCUGGUGACGCAGACCAUCAGUAAGAUCUCCACGGUGCGCAGCUUCAGAGCAGAGAAGGACGAGCUGAGGAGGUACGGAGAGGCUCUGGAGCACAUGUGCUCCGUGAAGACGCGCCAGGGGAUCUACAGCUCCUUCUUCUGCUUGAUACGCAGGCUGGUGACUCUGGGGAUAAAGAUCCUGAUGCUGCUUCUGGCCCGUGAUCUCAUCUCGUCUGGUGACCUCAGCAUCGGCAGCCUGGUCACCUUCUUCCUCUACCAGAAGCCCAUGUCCAACAACCUGAGGGAGAUCAUGUACGUGUACGGAGAGACGCUGUCCACAGUCGGAGUCAUCUCCAACGUGUUCAGUUACCUCGACAGAACACCAAAGUGUCAACCAGCAGGAGAGUUAGCGCCUGAGAAGCUGGAGGGACGAAUCGUUUUCAAAGACGUCACCUUCACGUAUCCGUCAGCUCCUGAGAAUAAACCGGCUCUGAAGUCGGUGUCUCUGGAGCUGAAGCCGGGGAAGGUGACGGCCCUGGUGGGUCCCUCCGGCAGCGGGAAGACGUCGUGUGUGAGUCUCCUGAAGAGGCUUUACGAGCCUCAGCAGGGUCAGAUCCUGCUGGACGGAGAGCCGCUGCACCGAUACCAGCACAAGUACCUCCACCAGAAGAUGGCGGUGGUUUCCCAGAAUCCCGUGCUGUUUUCUGGCUCUCUGAGGUACAACAUUACGUACGGCCUGAAGGACUGCAGCCUGGAGAAAGUGACAGAAGCUGCGAAGAAGGCAAACGCCCACGACUUCAUCUCUCAGCUGGAGAAGCAGUACGACACAGAUGUGGGAGAAUCUGGCGGUUCUCUUGCUGAAGGACUGAAGCAGUCCAUCACCGUCAUCAGAGCUCUGGUCCGAGAGCCGCAGGUCAUCAUCCUGGACGAGGCCACCAGCAAACUGGACGUGGAGACGCAGCACACUGUGCUGCAGGAGGUUCUGGCUCGCGGUCGGACCGUCCUGGUGGUGGCUCAUCAGCUGAACACGGUGGAGAAAGCCGACCACAUCGUCUUCAUGGAGAAGGGCGAGGUGGUGGAGGAGGGGACGCACCGCCAGCUGAUGGACAGGAGAGGACGCUACCACCGCCUCAAGGAGGAACUCUUCUCCUGACUCCAGUAAAUGUAGCUUCACUCUGACUCUAAACUGCCUGUUUCUGUCGUUGUCAGUAGAAAAAGUAUCCAGUGAGUGAAGGUGUAAGGUCCGGAGGUUUAACCCUCUGAAAUCUUCGGCUAUUUUGUCUGUUAAAAAACCUGUUAAAAAUCUUUACCAUGACAUGAUGGUAUCAGUCUUUUCAGUGUUACCUCACCUAUAUGUCCUGAUAAUUCAUUUUUAACUUUGACUUACUUGAUCAAAAUGUUGAACCCAAAAGAAACAAAGGAAAACAUAAAAUCUGAUCUUGAAAAUUAUGUUUCAAAACACAGAAUUUUAAAUAUUGCAAAUAUGAAUACAGGUUGCAAAUAUAACAUAUAACAGGUAAAAUGAGGAUAAUAUCUAGUUCAGUAUUUUAUACUAAAUAAAUUUGACAAUAUUGCCAGUUUUACUUGGCCGAAUAUCAUCAGAAAAAAAUCUGGUAUGGAGUUUCAAGCCAGAACUUUAGAGGGAACACAAUAUAAUAAAUCUUUAUUAUCCACCAUGGUGGAAAUUUGCCUUCGGCUCACCAUAAAGAUACAGAAUUUCAUUAAAAACAAACAGCAGUUGAGAAUGCAGUUAAAACAUAGAAUAAGGAAAGAAAAAGACAAUUAAGAGCAGUUAAAAGUUAGUUCAUCACUUAUGUUGAGUUGAGGAGACGAGUGGUUUUGGGGAUGAAAAAUGUUUUAAAGGCUUCCUUAGCUAGUGGGACCCUGUAACGUCUCCUGGACUCCAGGAGCUUGAAUGGGUUGGUUAAGGGCUGGGAACGAUCUGCUGUAAUUUUCCUGGCCUUCCUCAUUGUCCUCUCUGUGUAAAUUUCUGUUACUGUUUAGCAGUAACAUGUGGUCUGAGUGAUCAGCUCUGUGUCUGUGUGUUCUCAGCUGUCAGUAGCAUAGACUUUAUAUAAAUAAUAGACGUAGUGGCCAUGACGUCACCCGUUGGUUUGUGGCCCGUUGGAAGCAUCAGCGUUACACUCGUCGCCAUCUUGUUUCCAAUACGGGGAGCAGACCAUAUUUGGACUGUGGAGGACAGAAAUGUUUUUGCAGCCACACCUAGCAUCCCCUGCAGCAAUUUUCGUCAGUAGUGUCUCUACAUGCGUCUUCAGUGACCACUUGUGAUCCGAUCCCACUUCCCCGCUCUUUAUGUAGAUUAACAAGUACAUAAUUUAUGUUUGAGAAACACCAGAUGUGUUGCUGUUUUUAAGCCUAUAUCGUCCGGUUGCGAUACGAAUCUUCCUUAGCCUACAAAAUAAAGUUUGAGAAAUGCAGCUGACAGAUGUGCAGCUUCCAGUUCCUCAUCGCCCUCUGAGCCACCAUCCCAUCCUCCCUCACUAACGUCCUCAGUGUCCUGGACAUAUCCUGUUCUGUCGUUUUUUAAAUGAAUGAUUCAUCUGCAUGCAUACAUGCACAAUAUAAAACAUAUAUAUACAGUACUGUGCAAAAGCCUGUUUUAAUAACGGACGCUUUUAUUUUGAAAGGACGAAAAGAGACUUGAUCCGGUCUAUCCUUAAACUAACUCAGUGAGGUUAAACUGUAAAGGAAACGUCAAGGAGAUCAAUGUUUAAUGUUUUAGCCCCCGAAGAGGCACGAGGUUAGUUUUCACAGUAAUCAACAUAUUUAAAUGUGUUUUGUGUUUAAAUAAGUUUUGGAUGAAAUUAAAGCUAGUAAUUCAUUCAUCAUUAAAAAAAUCACAGAUCGGUCUGUCAGGGCGGCAGGUGAGUAGGCGGUCCCUUAUGUGGACCAGAGUCACAGACCCGUUCUCACUACUGUCUGAAUGUGGACACAUGAACCAUCUCCCAAUGUGGUUUUUUGACAUCCGAUCUCAAUGCGUCAGUGUUUUCAGCUGUAUUUAGAGCUGUUCACGUGUGUUCGGACCACUCAGACCACAUGUUACUGCUAAAUGGAAA